AUGGCAUCGCAAAAGGAAUUCGAGAAUCAAAUAUUGCUGAAGCACGGAACCGGUGAUGGUACUGAUAAUGCAUGCACGCCGUGUCUUCAAGAUGGUGGAAAACGAAUUAUGUCCGUUGUUUUCUGUCUAGAAUGUGCAGAACAUUUGUGUAUAAGCUGUCGUCAACAUCACCGAAACUUAAAACUUACAAGUACACAUCAUUUGCUUGAGAUCGAAGACGGAAAUGUGGCUGACGCAAAUAACAAAAUGACAGAAUCUUGCCCCGAGCAUCCGGGAAGGUGUAUUGAGUAUAUAUGCGAAAGCCACCAAACGUUAUGCUGCAAAACGUGCAGAGAUAUUAGUCACCUUGGAUGUGUUAGUGUUAGACGUGUCUUAGACGAAGCCAGCAGGUUUGUGGAAAGUGGUGAAAUUUCUAAAGUAGAAGAAUGUUUGAAAAGUUUAAAAACUCAACUGGCUAAUCAAAUUCAAACUAAACGGAAGCAUACUGUCAAUGUAUCAACUCAAGUUGCAGAGGCACUGAGUCGAAUUAAGACAGAAACAACUAAAGCCGUUGAAAGAAUAAACAAACUUGCUGAAGAAGCGGACAGCGCUAUAAAAACGAAAAGUUCAGACGUAACAAACCGACUUCAAAAUGAAAUGGAAACAAUUCAAAAUGUACUGGAAACGUUAAAUGUUUCCGAAAAAGUUCUGAACACCGUAAAGCAAAACGCGAGAGAGCCUCAGGUUUAUAUAGCUUUCAAGAAGGCUGACUAUCAACUGAAAAAAUACUCUUCGUAUGCUGAUGAAAUAGAGACGAAUAUGAAAGAGCCAAAUGUUCAUUUUGAAUUUGACAACACAUUUCUAUUGAUAAAAGGCAAAUUAACUACAGUGGGAAAUUUCAAGGUCGGCAGGAGCGAACCGCUUGAAAAACAAUUGCAGAAACAGAGUUCAGUGACAUUAUAUGUAGAUACCAGUAAACGACAUUUUAAACGGUUAUCCUCCACACCGUCAGUAGUUUCAAAAAGAAAAAAGGCAAUUCCGGUUGGAGGUCAUUCCGUGCGUAUUCCUGGUGAUAAGACCACGUGUCAUGUUACCGGAAGUGAAAUUUUACAGGAUGGCCGAAUUCUUCUGGCUGAUCACCACAACAAGAGUAUAAAGCUUUUCAACAAGAAUUGCAACUACAUAAAUCAUAUCAUCCUCACAUCUAGACCAAACGACAUUGCUGUGAUUGGUGAGAACGAAAUCGCAACAUCCCUAAUCGAUGAGAAUGUUAUACAGAUUUUAACAGUUGACAAUCUUCUUUGUUUGUCUAGGCGUAUAGAGACAACUUUUCCUUACUACGGCCUAGCAUGUGAUGGGGAACAACUCUAUGGGUCAACAACAAUCAAAGAUGGUGCAGGAGAAAUACACGCACUGAAUUUGGCAGGAAAGUUCCUAGGCUCCUUCUCGCAUAUCAACGAGCAAGUUGACCUUAUUCGCCCAUCAAAAAUCUGUAUCGAUAAAAACAAACAUUUUCUAUAUAUAAAUGACCUUGGAAGAAACAGUUUGUUUUGUGUGGACAUUUCGUUGGGGGUAACACAGUGUAAUGAAGUGUUUACUUAUACUGAUAGAAAUCUCGAACUUAGAAGCGGCCUUGCCAUAGAUACGGACGGGGAUGUUUAUAUUUCUAGCGGAAAUAUGACAGUUCAUCAAAUAUCUUCCGAUGGAAUAAAAGUUCACGAGCUUUUAACGUCAGCAGAUGGCUUAGGGCUUCCACAUUGUCUAGCUUUUUCAGCGAGAGAUAAUCAUCUUCUCGUGUCCGAAUUUAAAGAAAAUAGUUUCAAAUUGUUUGCUUUGAGAUAA